AUGGAAGCUCUUCCCCUCUACGAGUUCCCCCCAAAGCCAGUCCUCGUCCGACAAUGGAAAUCUGACUAUCUUUCUGUUCUCUUUGGCGAUGAUUCCGACAGGUUCAUCGUCCCGGAUGACGGGCCCAUCAAUCGGCUCCUUAAGCUCUCUCGGCUGCGAUGGUACACCACCCGAAACACUACUGGUUGCCCCAAUCACGAAUAUCUCAUCGCAGAGCUCUCCUUAGGACCAACUACUCUUGGUUAUGUGCGUCUUGAAAGUCUCUGCUGUGAUCCCAUUGCGCUAGGAAUGAAUUCCGAUGCAAGAGAAUCUGAAAUGGAACCCCCUGCUCCUCCGAAUACUCUGUCGAACUCGAUAACAAGUCUCUCCGAAUCAUCUCCUCUGCCCGGAUCGGACUUGGACGCCUCCUCAAUGGAACCAGUGUCCGUACCACCCAGCCACAACGAUCCCACUUGCGCAGUUGACCACCCUCCUCUGUUAAAACUCACCUCCACCUCUUCAGCGUACGCCAGCGUCGUAUGUCACCCCCAAGGUUUUGACACCCCCGAUGAACUUUUACUUGAUUUUGAUUGGUCCAGCCCCGACACCAUGCCCAACGUCCGACCAUUAACCCUCCUCGACCUCGCGUUUCUAGCAGAUGUCGUCGACACACUCUGUAUAUCUAUCAAUGGUGAGCGCCCGACCUGCAACUGUUUUGCCGAAGGAAUGGUGGGCGUCGUCGACCUUCUACAAGCAUCCGAAACAGCCCAUAAUUCUUCCCCUCUGUCUAUCUUUGGCCGUGGCGCUAACGAAGACCCAUCUGACUCCAACGACCAUCGCACUCUAAACGCUUUGCAACUACGUGAUCGUUUUUACGAGAGCCGAGACCCACUCUUUUUUGAUAACGCACUCCGUCGUCUCGACCGAACAACGAAUGAUUACGAUAAGGCCAUAGAAAUAUUGCGAACGACUAACAAAGGCCUAAGCGAAGCCUUGCAAAGGUUAGAAAGGGCGACCACUGAAGCUCGGGAUUCCUCCGCGAGGGCAAACAUCGCCGCAAGGGAAGCUUUCGAAGCCAGAGAAAGAGCUGACAUCGCCCAACGAGAGUUAGAGGCGCUUCUCGGUGCGCGGAACGAACGGCAUGUGAUGGUGGCUGAAACCGUUGCAAUGGCAUAUGAGGAAUACCCCCCUUCCGACUGA